AUUUAUCAAUGGAUUAGGCAAGAGGACGAAAACAGAUUACUUCACGGCAACUUAGAAAAGAUAAAAGAGGUCGGUUACGUCAAAGAGCCAGGUUUCAGGUUAUUCUCAUCAAUUUUGUGCCUAUUAAAUUCAUCAGUUAACGUUGACAUUGAUCGCCGCAACAUAUUGCUUGAAAACAAUGUAGUCUGAACUUAUAACUUAAUAUGAAUUUAAAUAUUUUUAAUCGACGAGGUCGGAUUAAUGUAUACGUUGAGUGCUGACACAUCGGUCAGCUGAUAUCUGUUUUCGACAUUCGAGUACACAUACGUAAAAUCUAUAAUAAUCUCUCAAGAUGUCAUUCGAAGGAAAAUAUAAUGUCAAAAGUCCAGCCGUCAAGAGGUUGAUGCGCGAAGCGCAAGAGCUACACGAAGCAACGGAAGAAUACUGUGCCCAUCCUUUGGAUGAUAAUCUUUUCGAAUGGCAUUUCACAGUGCAUGGGCCACCGUCCACAGAUUUUGAGGGCGGUGUAUAUCAUGGUAGAAUUUUACUACCUCCUGAGUAUCCUAUGAAACCACCUAACAUCAUAUUGCUAACUCCCAACGGCCGGUUUGAAGUAAACAAAAAAAUAUGUCUGAGUAUCUCUGGACAUCAUCCAGAAACGUGGCAGCCCUCCUGGAGUAUAAGGACUGCACUGUUAGCGCUAAUUGCAUUUAUGCCAACACCAGGAAAUGGCACCAUAGGAUCACUUGACUACAGCACGGAGGAGCGUCAAAAACUUGCUAAAAAAUCUUUGAGUUGGCAGUGCGACAGCUGUGGUAAGAUUGCUGAUUUACUAUCUAAGGAUACAGCUAAAACACCGAUCACUGAAGAAGAACAGCAUAUGUUGGACACAAUCGCAUUGAAGGCAGAAGAAGCUUCAACGAACGAGCCUUCAUUUUCAUCUAGUAUAGAAAAUGUGUCUGAAAGUGAGUUGAGACAACGACGCAUGGAUACGCAACCAGAAACUCAUGAGCAACAGGAAGCUGAAAUAAUCGUUAAUCCUCAGGUCGAAACUAUGUCAUCUUCGAAUGAUUUAUUCUGGAGUAUUCUUAUUGCAACACUCUUGUUUGCGAUAAUUUUACUUGUUUUGAGACGACUGUUUCUGGUUUGAAUUCACUCCCGAAUUUCAUAUAAUGAAUGUUACGAUAAUGACUAUAUGUUAACGAGUAUGAAGUAAAUUUUAUACACAUUUUAUGAAUAGCAUUUCUAAGCUCAGUCUAAACUACAAAGUGUAAAAUUUAAUAUUUAAUCUAAUACAGAAGCUAUUUUUUGCUCGCUCAUAGUUGCACACUAACUAUUUUACUUUGGGAUUUGCGAGCUAAAAGUCUUUUACUCCGAAUAAUUACGAAGCGUUAGUUAUUUAUAUUAAUAGACAGAAAUUAUUAUAAAUUCAAAUCGAUCCCUACGCAAGAGUGACCGUAAAGAUUAUUUAAGGUAUCAUAGCUAUACUAGUUAAAAUUAUCUGCCUUCAUAUUCCAAUACAGAUGCAAGCAUCAUUCCGUUACCAGACUUCAAUUUUAUUGGAGCGAGUUUCGAAUCAAAUAGGAUAGAUUCAAAAUCAUUGCAUUUGAAACUACAUACAAAACAGUUUUUAGGGUUCAAGCAAUGUCUAUGUUCAGAUUUGAUUUUCGUACUUCUACAGAAAAUAAGCAAUCUGCAGCCGCUACAGCUUGUGUAUGUAAAUGAACGAACAAAAUAUUGAUAUUAGAAAUGUUUUAUGUCAACACGCGCAUGAGAUUUUGAAUAACCAGUUUUCAUUAGGUUUAAGAAAAUAAUUCCAUCUUAAUUUUGGAUUGCUAAACGUGGCGUGGUAACAUGAGCCUGUCGAAUGCAUUAACUCUAUGUCAACAUAUCUUGCAUCAAAUCGUAUAGAUAAAAGGAAUUUUGUAAAAACAGUAGGCUUGAAAUUUAACGUUUUCGGCUGUAUUUCACUAGUCUUCACCUGCUUGCCACAUCCAGCUUUGUUUUCAAAGAAAUACAUGAACGUGUACUAUAAUUGAUUAUUGUAAUAUUGCAAAUUCUAUAUUUAUUAGGUAUAACAAAUCAAUGAAAAUUUUCAGAAAAGUAUCAAUGUAAUUGACGAUUCUGUGCAAUUGUAUAUUGUCAUUAUAAAAAAAAGUUAUUAUUCUAGAUGUUAUAUUUGUAAAAUUAUUAAAAAUCACAGUAAUAAUUAUAACUGCAACAAUUGUUCAGCACUGAAAAACGAUUUUUCAAUGUUGAGGAAGAUUUGUCACCAUCUAACAAUUGUGUAAGGAGAAUUGACAAUUGAACAGUCGACACCUUGUAAAAA